AUGGCUGAUAAGGAGAACUGCGCUCGCGUCACCCGCUCCGCGGCGAGGAAGAGGGUGCCCGAGGACGGCCCGAGGACGGCCCAUGCGGCCGAUAAGCGGCAGCGGGUUGUCCUCGGCGAGCUGCGGAACCUGUCGAAUGCGACCGCCGGGUCCCGUCCGCCGUUGGGGCUCAAGGAGGAGGGUGACAAGCCCAAGUCCCGGGGACGGAAGAAGAGGCCCCAGGUGCAGCCUGAUGAGCAGAAGGGAGAAGAGAGAGAGAAGCCUCUGGUGAAUGGCACCGCCGUCGUCGAUAUCGACUCGAGUAUCGGUGAUCCUCAGCUCUGCGCCCAUUAUGCACCAGAUAUCUACCGCUACCUCCGCUCCAUGGAGGUAGUCGACGUGCCUUUCCCAGCCGCCGUGUGGUCGGGGCAGAUCUUGUUCUCUUCUGAUCUCUGAUUCGCCAAUCUUUUUGCUCCGACUCAGGUGGAAUCGAAGAGGCGGCCGCUGGCUGACUUCAUCGAGGCGGUGCAGAAGGACGUGACGGCGAACAUGAGAGGCAUUCUCGUGGAUUGGCUUGUGGAGGUGGCGGAGGAAUACAAGCUAAUCUCCGACACUCUCUAUCUCACAAUCUCCUACAUCGACAGGUUUCUAUCAUCGAACCCCAUUAAUAGGCAAAGGCUUCAGCUCCUGGGCGUUUCCUGCAUGCUUAUUGCGUCGUAAGUACACACCGGAAUCUGCGAUUGCUUCUGAUUGUGUCCUGCUUCCGUUAUUUUCUCCCUUGUUCUUGGGUCAAAUGAGAAACCCCCUUUCUUUUUUCUGGUUUUUUGCAGGAAAUAUGAGGAGAUCAGCCCCCCUCAUGUUGAAGAUUUCUGCUACAUUACGGAUAAUACGUACACCAAGGAAGAGGUAGUUCCCCUGAUUUAUUUAUUUAUGCUGUUUGAUCGGAUAGAUUAAUCCCGAGCUCAUCUCCUUGUGCAACUAGUUCUUGCCUUUUCGUGAACUCUGAACUUGGGGGGACCCGCGUGAUCGUGGACUGCCGCUGCAGGUCGUCAAGAUGGAAAGUGAAAUCCUCAAGUUUCUGAAGUUUGAGAUGGGCAAUCCGACGAUUAAGACUUUUCUCAGGAGAUUCAUACGGGCGGGUCAAGAUGACUGCAAGGUCCUUCCAUGGCACCCUAUCGAUUCAUUUCCCUGGUCCACAUCAAGGUCAACGCGCGCUUUGGUGCAGUUCCUUCACUCGUAUCAUCUGACUGAGCUUAAACUAUCUUGCAGUCGCCAAGUCUGCAGUUGGAGUUCAUGAGCAAUUACCUUGCGGAGCUGAGUUUACUGGAUUACAGCUGUACCCGAUUCCUGCCGUCGGUCGUCGCUGCGUCGUCAGUUUUUCUAGCAAGAUUCACCAUGAAUCCAGACACCCACCCUUGGGUAAGCGCUUACCAGGGCUGCAUGCUCAUCCUCAUCAUAUUUCCUUCUGAAAAAAUGUUCAUAGUUCUCGCGCAUUUGAUCUUCAGACGCCUACUCUUCAACAUUACUCUGGUUAUAAGCCAUCUGAGCUCGACGAUUGCGUCCAAGCCAUCCACGAUAUGCAGCUCAACAGGAAGGCUUCGUCUCUGGUGGCAAUCAGAGACAAAUAUAAGCAGCACAAGGUCAGUUGGGUUGAUGUUCUCUUUGUUUCUUGCUCGAUCUGAAGCCGAUUAUCUGGAAAACCGACUGAUCCUCCUCAAUCUUGCACAGUUCAAGUGUGUGGGCACGAUGCUCUCCCCCUCGGAAAUCCCUCCUUCAUAUUUCGAAAACAUCUCAUAG